CACGUGUCGGUCGCGCCGGACUAGUUGACACUGCGUAGCACACAUUUGACGAAGAAACAACGUUCGCGACAGGUCGUACGUGAUAUAUUCUCUGCACAGCGAUUAUCAGAGAGGAUGUGAGAGUUUAAAAUGUGUUAUCGGGAGAGUACAAAUGCUGGGAAGAUACAUGUAUAUAUAUGUAUAACAUAUAUCGUGUAUAGCGAGGUCGCAUGCGUUGCGUUCCACAGGUGUCUAAUGCUCGUGAUUAGCGUCAUUUUUGCUGUGAUAGGAUCGUUUAUAUACGCAUUGAUUAAAGUUAUAAACGGCACUGAUAAGAGGCUUGAGAUUUCAAGCAUGGACCAGCAAUCAAGGUUAUCUUUGAAAAGAAAUCGUUAUCAUCAGUUACAUGUCAAAAGUGUUAUUUCAGUGGAAAUAUCAGACGAUGAAAGUUCUGAUUCAAUAUCAAAUCCACAGUCAAAUAUAGGACAAGUAAACUGUGCAAACGCAAAUCCUGGAACAGCUUGUAUUUCCAAUGAUGUAACAGAUAGUUCAAAUCCUGUAUGUAGUUUGACAAAUAUGCAUGAUUUAUCAGAUGAUUUAAGCAGUGAUGAAGAUGUCGUUGUAGUUGAUACGCCUAGUACUUCCAAGAAUACCAAUUCAAUGUUUAAUUGGGGGAAUACAAGUUUUGCUUAUGCGCCAAGAUAUCAAAACAGCACGUCUUCCGUGUUGCAUGAUUCAAGAAUUGAAGAGGAAAUUCCUAAAGAAGUAUUAAACAAAAAACAAAAACUAAUGUUUGAUUCGACAAAUGAUGAUGACUUGAUGAGCUUGAACAACUUUAAAGAAGAGGCUUUGCCAUCUGAAGUUACGAUACAACAUAAAAUAAUGAUUGCAGGAACUACUGUCACAUUUCCUGUCGAACCGUAUCCAUGCCAGAAAGCAGUGAUGAAUAGUCUUAUCAAAGGAUGUACCAAGGAGCAGCACUGUCUCUUGGAAAGCCCUACUGGUAGUGGAAAGACUCUGGCUCUUCUGUGCGGAGCUUUGGCGUGGCAGGACCAAUACAGUAAAAAAAUCCAGCAGGAGAAUAAUCAAAUGAAUGCAGAGAGUUCGUGCUGCGGCAGUGAGGAGGAUUGUUUAGACGACAAUUUCUUUUUAAACUCAUCACAAUAUUUCGACGAAGAAUGGUGUGAUAAAGUUCUGCGCAAAGCCAAAGCGCAGAAAGUGCCAAAAAUAUAUUACGGAACGCGAACGCACAAGCAAAUCCAGCAAGUAGUGAGAGAAUUAAAAAAAACUGUGUACAGGGAUAAAAGGAUGACUAUAUUGAGCAGCCGACAAUACACGUGCAUUCAAAAGAGCAAUAAGAACAAGAACGAAUUGUGUAAAGAGCUACUCGAUCCAUUAAAGUCUACAAAAUGCCUAUAUUAUAAUGACCAAAGUAAAAAACGAAUGGCGUUAUUUAAUGAACUAGAAAAACCUUGGGAUAUAGAAGAUUUGUUUUCAUUUGGCAAAGAUAUCGGUAUCUGUCCAUAUUUUGGCGCGAGAUCUUUGAUGGACCAGGCAGAAAUCAUUUUUUGUCCUUACAACUAUAUCGUGGAUCCACAUAUUCGCGAGAGCAUGCAGAUUAAUUUGAAAGGCGAUAUUGUAAUCCUUGACGAAGCUCAUAACAUCGAGGAUACCUGUCGAGAGGCUGCCAGUGUGAAUUUCAGAAAUGAUGAACUUAGGAUUGCUGCCGACGAUUGCACACAUUGGAGUCGCAAAUAUCGUAAUCGCGAUCGUGAUCGCGAUAUUUACACUAUCAUUGAGACGUAUCUCACUGAUAUUGCAAAAUUCCUGGAAGCUAUUGAUGUUAAACAAAAUAGUAACAAUGAGAUGGUCAAUAAUUGUUGGCUUGGUGCCGAAUUUCUGGUGUUACUUGACAUGAAUAAUAUCGGAAGUUCAAAAUUUUCCGCUUUUCAUGAUGCUAGCAAGAUGGCUAUUCAACAUUAUGAAGAAAUGAAACAAGAAACUCGUCCUGAUAAAAUAGUUCAAGCUAUUUCGCAAGAUACUAAAAGAAUUCUAGAGGACUUGUGUUUCGCUAUACAGAUGCUCACAUCUGAUACUUUUGUCAAUGAUUAUAGAGUAUGUGUUAUAGAAAGUAUGGAACCUUCUAAGAAAAUUGUUAUACCUGAAAACACCUGGAUUUCGACAAAAAAAAAUUUCGAAUUUUCCUUUUUUAAGAAUAAACCAUUACGAAUUAUGAAACUGUUAUGUAUGAAUCCUGCUGUAGUUUUCGCACCUUUGGCCCGCAUCGUUCGUUCUGUGAUAGUUGCUUCGGGUACUCUUACGCCGAUUACGUCGUUCCAAAGUGAACUUGGCACGAAAUUCCCGCAUGUAGUCAAUCCUGAUCACAUUAUAUCAAAAGAUCAAGUGUACGUGAGAUGUAUUCCACGUGGGCCAAAUGGAAAAACCUUAAUGGCUAAUUUCGAAAACGUAAAUUCUUGGAAUUUUCAGGACGAACUCGGUAGUCUGGUUCUUCAAGUAUGUGAUGCAGUGCCGUAUGGUGUGCUUUGUUUUUUCUCAUCUUACAUUACAAUGAAUAAAUUACACGAUAGAUGGAGGAAUACCGGCACAUGGAGCAAACUCGAAAAAUUGAAAAAAAUUUUUGUAGAACCGAGAAAUAACUCGAAUCUGCCCACGAUGAUGGAAGAAUAUUGCAACGUAAUCAGGGAAUCGUCGUCUAAAUCCUUUCAUGUGGCAUCCGGAGCUAUUUUUUUCGCAGUUUACAGGGGGAAAGUGGCGGAAGGAAUCGAUUUUAGCGAUAAUGAUGCUCGAUGCGUACUAGCGGUCGGCAUACCAUAUAGAAAUAAAAACGAGGUAUCUAUGAAAAUGAACUAUAAUGAUUCGAACAAGUCCAAAGGUUUCUUGCCUGGUUCAGAAUGGUAUACUGUAGAUGCAUUUAGAGCAUUAAAUCAGGCAUUAGGCCGUUGUAUUAGACAUAAAAAUGAUUGGGGUGCUGUGUUGCUGGUGGAUGAAAGAUUCCAGAACCGACAUAAAAUUAACUAUUUACCAAAAUGGAUUAAAACAAAAUGGAUGUAUGAUGGAAAUUACGAUCUUCAAACAGAACUUCAAGAUUUUAUAGCAACACAAGUUGCACGGGAAAAGGGAGAAACAUGUAUAACAGCUGUAUAGAUUAAAAUUUUUUUUAAAAAUGUAAAGAAAUCUUCAUAUGCUUCA